UAGAUUUUAGCUUGUGAGAGUAAAUUUGGAUCAAAAAUGACAACUACAACCGCUCCCCCGGCAGAACCAGCCGCUGUCAAGAAGACAAAGAAGCAGCAGCCUAAGAAAGUAGCGGGAGGCGCAAAAGCCAAGAAACCCUCCGGGCCCAGCGCGUCUGAGCUGAUCGUCAAAGCCGUGUCCGCCUCUAAGGAGCGCAGCGGGGUGUCCCUGGCCGCUCUCAAGAAGGCUCUGGCUGCCGGAGGAUACGAUGUGGACAAGAACAACAGCCGCCUCAAGCUGGCUCUCAAGGCCUUGGUCACUAAGGGGACUCUGACCCAAGUCAAAGGGAGCGGAGCCUCCGGAUCCUUCAAGCUCAACAAGAAGCAACUGGAGACCAAGGACAAGGCGGCCAAGAAGAAGCCAGCGGCGCCCAAAGCCAAGAAACCAGCAGCCGGGGCAAAGAAGGCGCCCAAGUCCCCGAAAAAGCCCAAGAAGGUCUCGGCAGCAGCAAAGAGCCCCAAGAAGGUGAAGAAACCGGCAAAGGCCGCCAAAAGCCCCAAGAAACCGAAGGCUGUUAAAGCCAAGAAGGUGGCCAAGAGUCCCGCUAAAAAGGCCACCAAGCCCAAAACUGCCAAGAGCCCAGCAAAGGCCAAAGUCGCCAAACCCAAAGCGGCUAAAGCCAAGAAGCCUGCGCCUAAAAAGAAGUAAUGUGCCCGCAACCCCCGCUCAUCCCACCAAAGGCUCUUUUCAGAGCCACCACUUCCUCCAUUAAAAGAGCUAAUACUGUAUCAAUGGGUUAAUUAUCUCACGGGAAGGGUUUCCAGUAUCACCUGAAUCUCCCAUCAAAUUAUACUUUUGUACCUCCGCUCCAUUUUCCCCUUAUCUGUAUCACACGCAACUCACUGCGCAAAUUUACAGUCUUACACUGCCACCGUGUGGCCAAUUGCACGUAUUUCACAUAAGUACUUCCAAUGCUUUCCAAAAUGCUUCGGGUUUCCUGCUGUGCUUUGAAAGAUUGUGAAUUUCAGCUGGAUGUUUCUAAAAUUAACAUAGGCCGAUUUUGUCUGUUUAAUAAAGCUGUACAUUUAAAAA